UUCACAGCCUCUGAAGUACACAGGAGCCUGCUCGUUGUGAGGCUGUCGGCAAGAGCUCUGCACAGUCUGGCAAACUCUUUGCUUGUCACUGACCACCCCUCCACUCCCCACAACCGCUGCUCAGUCCUUGCCAGCUCUCGCUUGUGAAGCUCAGACGUUUUUAUAUUUUUAAAAUUUUUAUAUUCAAAAAAAAGGUAGAAAAGCAGAUUGUGAGCAAUGGUGAAGGUGGGGAUUAGACACUUGGCUUUUCUGUCAUUUAGUGUAUUUCUCUGCGUUUCAACCCAAACAGCGUCAGAGGGGGGCUCUGUAGCAGUAACAGCUGGUCCUGGUGUAGGAGGUUCCGAUGAGAAGCAGAAUGCCACUGUGUCUGAAAUGUCCCUCCCCACAGCCCGUGAGGAGUCAGAAUCCGAGUCGGGUGAAGACAGCAGCGAAUCCAGCACCACAUCAUCUUCAGAGUCGAACGAGACAAAUUCAACCGAGGACUUCAGACCUGAUUUCGACGAUGCUGAAGGUUCCUUUUGCCGCGAUCACCCAUCUUGCCUCUGGAAGGAUUUCCUUGAAACACUGACUUUGAUCGGGAUCAUCAUUGGUGCCAUCAUAGCUGUGAUUAUCAUCCUGACGAUUAUUGUUUUCAUCAUUAAGAAAAUGUCUGGAGGAUACUCGCCAUGAGGUGGAGGGAACCCAAAGAUGAAUAACUGGUUCUGAAAAAAUAGUGGAGUCAUUUAUAUCAUCUGCUAAAAUUACAAGUCACUGUUUGCCCCCACUGUCUUGGGUCCAGGAACCAUCCAGCUCUGUCCAUUAGAGAAGAGUCUGUUUUAUUUGGGGGUGGGGGGGAAGGGAAUUAGUUGCUUAUCCCUAGUAGUAGCAAUUUUAACAGAGAGUGACUGAGAGAUUUAGUGACGAGGGACUCAAGAUUUCUCAUGUUCUUGGGCUUAAGAUCAUUGACUAAAAAUUUAAGAUCACUAGGAAAAUUUUAGAAAGCUUACGUCUUAAGAUCAUUCUUCAUUUCGAAGCCAUUUUUCUGCGGCAGCGAGGAGAACUGCAGAAAACAAGCUUCGCAAGUGAGGCUAAGGCUAAGGACAGGAGGAAUUUCAGGCUCCCGGAAUGGAUUUAUAUAGCAUUAUAUAAAUUCAGACCUUUCGUCUCUUCAUUUUUCUUGGGGUGAAAAUUGUGGUAUUCAAUGUUGGAAUUCUAUGGUUCUAUACACAGUAUUUAAAAAGGAGUAAAUGGCAGGGAUACAAAAAGGGGAAAGGGACUGAAAGGAUUGUUCUUCAGACAUGAUGGCCUUCACCUUCAUCUAUGCUGUAAAUUUCUAAUUUUGACCAGGGUUAGUUAUAACAUCACCAAAAUAUACUGCCUUUCACUAUUGGCAGGUUUGGGGGUGAACCCCUACCCCCCCACCACCACCCCUGCUCACACCUCUACCUCCCCCCUCCCACACAUACUCUGGCACAAUAGUUGAGAUGCUACCAACAAUGGACAUCCGUGUUUCAGUGCAGCUAAAAACAGGAGCCUGGCUUGUGAUAACAUUCAAAUGCCAGUUCUGGGGUUGAACACAGAUUUGGAGGUGGCUAUCCUGCUAUUGUGGGGGUAGGGACAUGGGGGCGCUCGCUCCCAAACCUGUUGAUAAUCGAAGACAGAUUUGGAGCACAAUUUUCUACAAAGUGAUCACUAUUUGCCAGGGCCAAUUCCGACAUCAAUUGAUGCAGUUUUCACCCUGUUGUUUCACCAACUUUAUAAUUGGAUUGUUACUCUUCUGAGGUUGAACCAAUGAAAUGAAUUGUUGGAAUAACCUAGCAGGAGUUGUGUAAAGCAUGCUGCCUGGGUAUCUGGCAAUCACUGGCAUUAAUAGACAAAGAACAAAGAUAUUCAUGCAGCAUCUGAAUACCAGCAGGCCUGAGCUCCACACACCUCAAAGUUAUCAGUUAUCAUUCUAAUAUGAACAAUGGCUGGACUGAUGUUUGAUUAUGUUACAUGAGAGAAGAGACAACUAGUUAAAAUUAACUCCUGAUGACUUGUCACUUCAAGGGAAAAGUGCUCCUGAAUUAUCAGGAGCGGCGAGUUAGGCGUAUGUAUAAAUACAUUAAUAAUGCGACCACAAUAUUGAAAGCAUGAUGAUUUAAGUGAUAGUAACAAGUUAAGCCUGGGUCGAGUUAUCAGAAGUUUACUGUAUUCUCUUGGACAUGCACAGUCAUUAGGUAGAAAAGUUGGGGAGGUGUCCCACCUGGUGUCUUAUUUUCAUUUAUAAUGUCACGUGGAUAACUGCUGCCACAAUGGCUCUGAACAAUGUGUAUUCAUUCUCUUCAGUUAAGCAGCAACUAGCCAGAUUUCAAGGGGUCGCUCUGCAAACAUUCCCACGUAUUGUAAAGAACCUGUUAUUGUUGGACUGUAUUGCAGAACUCUAGGAAAAGCUGCUUGAAAAAGAAUGAGGGAAGCUGCCAUUUUUAGUGCCUUUAAAUACAAUUCUUUGCAUUCUUCUGCAAACACUUCUGAAAUAUUGGAUUGACAAAUGCGACAGAUUUAAUGUGUUAGCUGAAAAGCCUCUUGUUUUAUUCUGUACUGUUGUAUAGUUCACAAAGCAAUCUCAAAGGGAGUCCCCAAUUAUCUGAAAAACUUGGUUAUGAAAUGUUGUAUUUUUACCCUAAUCCCAAUUAAAAUCCACAAAAUAAAAGUUUUGUAUUUUUUUUGAUUUUUAACUAUUAAAGGUACCAUUGCCAAAA